UAUAGGAUAGGACGAUAGUGGUUAGUCCUAUUAUUGAUGUCAUCAGUAUGGAUACAUUUGAUUACAUAGGUGCUUCAUCUGAACUAAGAGGAGGUUUUGAUUGGAGCCUCCAUUUUAAAUGGGAUGGAUUCACUCCUGCACAAAGAGCAAAAAGAAAGUCCCCAAUUGAACCAAUAAAGACUCCAAUGAUUGCUGGUGGGCUGUUCUCUAUUAACAGACAAAGGUUUAUUGAAACUGGUAAAUAUGAUGAUCAAAUGGAUAUCUGGGGAGGUGAAAACUUUGAAAUAUCAUUUCGAACGUGGAUGUGUGGUGGAUCACUAGAGAUCAUCCCUUGUUCUAGAGUUGGCCAUGUAUUUAGGAAAAGACAUCCAUAUGUAUUUCCAGGAGGCAAUGCAAUGACUUAUAUGAAAAAUACAAAACGUGCUGCUGAAGUGUGGAUGGACAAUUACAAAGAUUAUUAUUAUUCUGCUAGACCAUCAGCAAAGGGAAGAGACAUGGGCAGGUACAUGUAUGAUAGAUUAAUAGUACUGUGAGUAGUAUCAGGGUUU